CAUGCCUGCCAUUUAAUGAAAGCAAGAUGAACAACAGCAUUGUCACCGACUUUGUGAUUCUGGGCUUCACCCAAAAGCCUGAGCUCCAAGGAGUUCUUUUCCUCGUGUUUCUCUUCAUCUAUCUCAUGGCUUUUCUUGGCAAUAUGCUCAUUGUCAUCGCCAUAAUCUGUAACGCCACCUUGCACACCCCCAUGUACAUUCUGCUGUUGGCACUGGCUGUCGUGGACAUCAUCUGCACAACAAGCAUCCUGCCGAAGAUGCUGGAGACCCUGCUCGCUUCAGGGAAGACCAUUUCAUACGAGGGCUGCAUGACCCAGCUCUUCUUCUUCACAUGGUCUCUGGGGGCCGAGAUGGUUCUCUUCACCGCCAUGGCCUACGACCGCUCUGUAGCUGUCUGUUUCCCUCUUCGCUACAGGGCCAUUAUGAGCCACCGUAUGUGUGUGACUUUGCUUAGCAUUGUUAUGGCUAUUGCAGUGACCAACUCCUGGGCACACACAGGGCUCCUCCUGAGGCUGACCGUCUGUGGGCCAAACACCAUUAACCACUUCUUCUGUGAGAUACCCCCUUUGCUGGCUCUGUCCUGCAGCCCGGUGGGAAUCAACGAGGUGAUGGUUUGUGUUGCUGAUAUCACCCUGGCCGUAGGGGACUUUGCCCUGACCUGCCUCUCCUACAGCUUUAUCAUUGCUGCCAUCUUCCGCAUCCGCACAGCAGAGGGCAAGAGGAAGGCUUUCUCUACAUGCUCAGCCCACCUGACCGUGGUGUCCCUCUACUACUUCCCUGUGAUCUACACCUAUAUCCGCCCUGCUUCCAGCUACGCAUUUGAAAGGGACAAGGUGGUAGCUGCGCUCUAUACUCUCGUGACUCCCACAUUAAACCCAAUUGUGUACAGUUUCAGGAACAAGGACAUGCAGACAGGGAUUCGGAAAGUCUUUGCAUUUCUGAAAUAUUAAUGGUUUCAACAGGAAACAUCAAUUCUCUACUCUAGAAUCAUCUUAUAGAUAUCUUAAAUUUUACUGAUCUUUCAUAGUUACCUCCAACCUAAGUCUUCCUGUUCCCUCUUAUGAGAAAGAAUGUUCACUCCACUGUAAAAUAUUUAACCACUACUGUAAAGAUAGUAUGUGUUAAGUUUACUUGAAACUUAACUUUGAACUAGGUAGCAUGCAAACAUUCCUAGAAAGUUCACUACAUUUUGGAACCUUUAUUAAAGUUAAAUGUCUUUUGCUGGAAUUAAUCCAAAUGACUUCAAAGCAAAGUAAUUCCACUAUAUAUCUUUAAUGUAAUAUAAUCUAAAUGCAAAGAAGUGUCUGUCAUUCUGAGAUACAGUCCACAAAGUCUUCCACACAAACCAUUAUUUUCAACAACAAAAAAUCUUCAAGAUUAAAAACUGCAAGAACUCAUGAUGUAUUUUACCUUUAAACUGUGUUGUGCCCUAGCUCUGUCCACUCAAAGGGGUUCUAAAUAACACCCACACAGUAUCAUGGAACACUAACAGCACUGAGAUAAAAUCUAUAUCCUAUAAAAAGAAAAAAUAAUCCUUGGGGCAAUCGUAAAACUACCUGUCAGGGGGAGAAUGUAUAAAUGCAAGCUGGUAAUUAGUGCUCACCUAUGAAAACAAGAACGUGAUAGAAUAGGUCAUGAUAAAUGCAGUCAGUCAACAAUUUACAUGCUUUUACUGGCAGAGUGGAAACUAGUGCAUCAGUAUGGACAGUGAUUACAAUAAACUUAACCCAUCAAAUAUGUUUAAAUUCAGAAGUUCCAAAUGAUCCUAACAUAUUUUGAUGACAUAGGAGAUAUUUUAGCCAACCAACUCAUUAAACUGGUAAAAUAUAAAAAAAAUACUUUUUAAAUUUCCAAUAUAAUUUGCACAUCGGGACAUCAGAAUUGCCAAAUAAUUGGCUUAUGUAUAAUAAGGGUGUGUGUGUUUCCAAGAAGAAUUUCAGCUAAUAAACAAAGAUGGAAGAUAGAAUUAAAAUACCACCACCUUGACAGCUUAAAUGUAGGCAGUGAUCUCUGAUGGCCACAUGACAGCCCCAGAAGAGAGAGACGGGCACCAGUGUAGGUCAUCUUGCCUAAAAAAGCAGAUGACAAUUUCAUCAAAAAUGUUAUAUCCAACAAACAAUUUAUGGUAAUUGCAGAAGUCAGAUGAAAAUUACACCACGGAUAUACAUCCAACAAAAUCCAGACUAUGGGAAACUUUAUGACAAACUAUCCGGUUUCUUCAACAACAAUUAAAUCCAAAAAUUAAAUUAAAAACAAACAAAUAAAAAGAUAAAGGUGAACCUAUAGAAUAAUGAUUCUUACUUUUAUCCCCUUUCAGGCAAACACAUUUUACAAGAUCUAAAAUGUCAAUGAAAGGAACAUGAGCUCCGGCUGGAUAUUGGAUAAUAGCAUUUAGGAAGUGUUUUUUUUGUUGUUGUUGUUAUUAUAUGAAAAAGAGUUGUUUCUCAGA